AUGUUCAUCCCGCGGCAUCUUUGCGACAGGACACAAAACGCGGCGGAAUUACACACUGCUGUGACGCCGACAGCGCCGUAAUGUACUGGUAAGCGCCAGCGCCGAGAGAGGGGAAGGGGAAGAGACUGGGUGGAGAUAGAGGGCACGACAGGAGAAAGCUUGCGCGAGUGGGUAAAGGAGCGAGAGUGGUGUGGAGUACUGUUGCAGAAGGGCGCAUCGCCCCGAGGGCGCAGAAGCAGUACCACCCUUCAGCGAUAGUACCAGCAGCAAGCUUUUCAGAGCAGUGCUAAGCAGCAGGAGCAGAAGCACCACCCUGGGGCAUCCAGAAGCCCCGACGACGACGUCGACGAGAGCGGAGACGGCACGAUUGCGGUCAAGGUCAAGACUGAUGUCAAGACGGAGGCCAAGAUGGACGAGAUACGGGAGCCAGCGGAGACGCUACAGAUGAAGAAAAGGGCGGGGUUGAUGUAGAUGGAGACGGGGGAAACAGCAGAGGGCGUAGUUCGCCGAAUGGAUAGUUUGGACUUGGUGGUCAACGAAUCCGGCGUGCUCAAUUGCGAUGCUAAGAGUUUUGAGUUUUGCGCUUGUUGUUGGGGGGGUUCAUUAUUAUUUCUCUCACGGAUGCACUUUUUAAAUUUUGCGAAUUUUACGUGGUUUGAACUAAGUUACGUCUUUCAGAAGUGACGCUCUGAUCGUAGCAAUAUAUACGGCGUGCGCACGGUUGUCAUUUGUACCUGGAAUAAAUUGGAAUUAGAGCCUAUUCCGCACCUCCAUAGACUAAUGUUUUGAUCACUCUCUCUCUUUCAAAGGAAGGGCGGGUGGUGGUGAUUUUGAUUUUAAACGUGGCACCAUUCAAACCGUCUUGCCGAGAGCUCUCUUUGGCAUGCCGGCUGUAUUCGUCACUGUUCUUUGUGGUAAGGAGAAAUCACAAUUUGGACACUUGGCCAAGGGGGUGUGGUAUCUCACGUCGAAUGUGAUAACAUGACAUCGGUUCUUCACGGCGCAGAUGCGA